UCUUGCCUAUUUCACAGACCAAAAAGGUAAUGGAUGAGAGAAAACCCGACCCUUUUUGGUAAUGGAUCAAGUCGGAUCAAAUCGAACCAUCAUCUUCCAUUUCCAUUUUCAAUUUUCCACAGAUUACAAGACAUAAAACCCAUAAACCCUAACUCGCUGACUCGCUGGCUCGCUCAGAAUGACGAUCCACUCGGCGGUGAUCCAGAAGCUUCUGAGCACGAACGCCCACCUAGGGCGGCGCGUGGCGGCCGACCACUUCAAGGCCUACACGUACGGCAUCCGCAAUGGCAUGGCCAUCAUCGACUCGGACAAAACCCUAAUAGCGCUCCGCAGUGCCUGCGCCUUCAUUGGCGCCAUGGCUCGGCAGAAGGCCCGCUUCAUGUUCGUGAACACCAACCCGCUCUUCGACGAGAUCUUCGAGCAGAUGACCAAGAGGAUCGGCCUCUACAAUCCCAACCAAAACUCCCUCUGGCGCACCGGAGGCUUCCUCACCAAUAGUUUCAGCCCCAAGAGGUUCCGCUCUCGCAACAAGAAGCUCUGCUUCGCUCCCGCGCAGCCCCCCGAUUGCGUCGUCAUCCUCGACACUGAGAGGAAGUCUUCCGCCAUCUUCGAGGCCGAUAAGCUUCAGAUUCCCGUCGUGGCGCUCGUCGACUCCUCCAUGCCGCUCGACGUUUACAAGCGCAUCGCCUACCCUGUCCCGGCCAACGAUUCAGUGCAGUUCGUCUAUUUGUUCUGUAAUUUGAUCACCAAGACUUUUCUGUUGGAGCAGAAGAGGUUCGGCGGCACCGCAAGAGAAGAUUCUGCUGCUGCUAUUUCUAGUGCUGAUAAUGCUUCCAAGAUCGAAAACCGCUGUGAGGAAGCGAAACACAUUGAGGAGAGCAAGAGUGAGAGUGUUGGGUUUGCCAAGGAUGAAGUACUGGUUGUUCCUUAUGAGAGCUUGACUCCUGUUUCUGGAGAUGGAGCGGAGAUUAAGGAGCUGUUGGAUAAGCUUGUUGUGUUGAAGUUCAACGGUACUUUGGGCACGGAGAUGGGUUUCGAUGGCCCUAAGUCAGCAAUUGAAGUUUGUAAUGGGUUGACAUUUCUGGACUUGAUUGUUAAUCAAAUUGAGUCUCUGAACUCCAAGUAUGGAUGCAAUGUUCCUUUGCUUCUUAUGAAUUCAAUCAAUACAAAUGAUGACACGGUGAAGGUUUUGGAGAAAUAUCCCAAGUCGAACAUUGUGAUGCUGAAAUCAUUUGAUGGACAGAGUUGUGAGAAUGAAUCGUAUCCUUCUGACCAGGACGUGAAGUUCCUUUCUCUAAUGAAGAGUGGAACCCUUGAUGUAUUAUUGUCACAGGGUAAGGAGUAUAUCCUUGUGGUUGGCUCAGAUAAUGUUGCUGCUGUAAUUGACCCAAAAAUUUUAAAACAUUUGGUCCAAAAUAAGAUUGAAUAUUGUAUGGAGGUUACACCAACAACCUCAUUUGGUAUGGAUAAUGAUAUUCUUAAUUCAAGCCAACAAAAGUUUCAGCUUGCCAAAAUUGCAAGGAACUCUUCUCCACAUUUGAUGGACAAGUUCAAACUUGUUGAUACAAGAAGCCUGUGGGCGAGCUUGAGAGCCACUGAAAGGCUUGUGGAUACUGAUGCACUAAAGUUUGAGACUUAUUCUGUUUCCAAGGGAAGAGAAACAGCAGCUGGUUCCACAAUACGGUUCUUUGAUCGUGCAAUUGGCAUUAAUGUCCCCCAAUCUCGUUUUCUACCAAUCAAUGCGACAUCAGAUUUACUUAUUCUCCAGUCAGAUCUGUACACCUAUAACGAUGAGAUUUUAGUUCGAAAUACAGCUAGAACAAAUCCUGUAAAUCCUUCGAUUGAUUUAGGACCAGAAUUUGGACAGGUAAGUGACUUCCGAAGUCGCUUCAGGUCCAUUCCUAAUAUCAUUGAGCUGGAUAGCUUGAAGGUAACGGGUGACGUGUGGUUUGGAACUGAUAUAACUCUCAAGGGGAGAGUAAAUAUUGUUGCAAAACCUGGGAUGAGGUUGGAAAUUCCUGAUGGAGUAGUACUCCAUGAUAAGGACAUCAGGGACCCUAAGGACAUUUGAGGAGUUAAGAGUUGUUUUGAUAAGCUGCAAAGAAUUUUUUUGAUAGAAUAUGCUGCUGGAACAUCUUCAUUUAGAGCGGUAAUAGCUGCCUUAGACACAGCCGGGGUAGUUCACAUUGCAUUAUUGGCUUCUGCAGAGGAUUCGAAGUCUACAAAACCGAGUAAGCGUCGUGGUCGAUUUGUCCUUAGAAGCUCCAUCAAAGGAACUUGCGUAAUAAAUCACCAACAAUGCUUAUCUCUAUUUUGAUUUCAGUGACAUUUUUGCUGCAAGGUGAGGUCUAUCUCUUUCGAAUCUCAACGGCAUCUCUCUCUCUCUCUCUCUCUCUCUCUCUCUCUCUCUCUCUCUCUCUCUCUAUGUAGCCUUACACCACUUGCUCUUGUUGCUUUCAGUCAGAUUUGAAAUUUAUAUCCUCAAUCACAACUUUAUUGUAGAGUUGGAUUAUUGCCUUGGUCUUUCUUUUCUUUUCUAGGUAUUGGGCGUCUUUGGUCAAAGCAAAAUUAUGAAUAAGAAACCACACCUUCUUAGAGGCAUAAGAUUCUACAGGAUAGAAUUUCUUCUCUUUUUAUUUACCGUCUUUCUUACAUGAAGUGUAUUAUUUGGGCACUCUCAGUCCAAUGAAUUUGACUCAAGAGGCAAAAUCAAGGCGUGCUGUUUCUGUUAUGAGCAUCGACGUUGUACAACCAGUGCUUUGUUUCUUUAUACAGAUUCUACAAAGAGUUACUUACCAA